AUGGAACAAGACCCUGCCCAGUAUGGUCUGAUCAGCCAUGCCAGCGAUCGAUAUUCCUGUCGCCCCUCAAACCAGCCCUUGAACAACCCUACCACUGAUCAGGCCCCAUACUUCUACGUCAUCACGACAUAUUUGAGUUAUACCAUCAUCCAUCUCAUCGGCCUGAUCCGGGACUUGUUCGGAAUCUACUUCAAGCCGGCGAAUUACCGCCAACUCCGCCCAUGGGACGGAUACGCACCCUGGUUCACUGCCCGCGAGAGCGUCUAUACACGGCGUAUGAAGGUGCGACUGGCCGACUGCCUGGACCGUCCCACCACGGGUGUCCCAGGCCGCUUUAUUACCCUGCUUGAUCGAGUGACACACGACAACAAUAGAUCCUUCAAACUCACCGGUGCGCGUAUCCAGACCCUGAACCUGGGAUCCUACAAUUACCUGGGUUUUGCUCAGUCCAAGGGGACAUGCGCGGAUAGGGUCGAAGCGACGAUUCGCGCGUAUGGCAUCAGCGCAGGCGGCGCCCGGGCUGAUGUCGGGGGUCUGGAUCUCCACGUCGAUGUAGAGCAGCUGGUGGCCAGGUUCGUGCGCAAGGAAGCGUCCAUCGUCUUUUCCGCGGGGUUUGGCACCAACGCAACCAUCUUCCCUGCAUUGGUGGGGCCGGGCUGCCUCAUUCUCUCAGAUGAGCUCAACCAUGCCUCCCUACGGUUCGGGGCUCGCCUUUCCGGCGCAUCGAUUGUGACGUUCCGACACAACGACAUGCACGCCCUGGAGGGGAGGUUGCGGGAGGCAAUCUCACAGGGACAGCCGGCCACCAAAAACGAUACCGGCAGCAGUGGUGGCUAUCGUCCCUGGAAAAAGAUUCUGGUCGUGGUCGAAGGUCUGUAUUCGAUGGAGGGGACCUUCUGCAAUCUUCCAGCCAUCAUUGCGUUGAAGCGCCGGUACAAGUUCCACCUCUUUCUAGAUGAGGCGCAUUCUAUCGGCGCGCUUGGUCCAGAGGGUCGGGGCGUCUGCGACUACUUUGGCAUUGAUUCGAGGGAGAUCGACAUCCUGAUGGGAACCUUGACAAAAUCAUUUGGUGCCAUCGGAGGAUAUAUCGCAGCGGAUGGAGAGACCGUGCGCAAGCUCCGCGCGGUGAAUGCGGGCGUGCUGUACAGUGAAGCCAUAGCCCCAGCCCUGUUGGCGCAGAUCUCCGCUUCGUUUCGGAUCCUGACUGGUGAGCUACUGCCGGGUCAGAAGGAAGAACGAUUGCAGCGCCUGGCCUUCAAUUCUCGUUACCUGCGCCUCGGUCUCAAGCGACUUGGGUUCAUCGUCUACGGGGACGACGACUCCCCAGUCAUUCCGUUGAUACUGUAUAAUCCAGGCAAGAUGACCGCGUUCUCACGGAUGAUGCUCGCCCGCGGAAUCUCGGUGGUGGUGGUUCCGUUCCCCGCCGUUCCGCUCGAGCUGUGUCGAGUGCGAUUUUGUGUCUCUGCGGCGCAUAACGUGGAGGACCUCAACCGAGUCUUGGCAGCGUGCGAUGAGAUUGGAGACAUUCUAAGGCUGAAGUUUUCCAGUGGCGUUGCGGGUGGGUUGCGCAGUAGGACUAAGCAGUUGUCGGAUGGAAACCCUGUCCCCCCGAGGUGGAAACUGGACGACGUAGUACGCUGCGGAGCACAAGACGUACAACAGCCCCUGUAUUGA